CUGAAUUUGCGCUUGCUAGGGAUUUGUGCGGUACACCGAGCGUGGUUACCACAGCUUCAACAUGGCUAGUAUUGCUGGGAAACGGAUACAAAAAGAAUUAGCAGAAUUAAUGAAAUCAGAUGAGGCAGCACAAAAUCAAUUAGAAAUAAAACCCAGUGGUGAUGACAUCAUGCAUUUACAUGGUCUCAUCAAAGGUCCUCCAGAUACUCCCUAUGUUGGCGCAGAGUUCCAUUUAGAUAUUGUCAUCCCUGAAAAUUAUCCUUUUGUUCCUCCAAAGGUCAAAUUUAUUACCAAAAUUUGGCACCCUAAUAUUAGCAGUGCUACAGGUGUAAUAUGUCUUGAUGUACUGAAGGACCAGUGGGCUGCUGCGAUGUCAUUACGUACUAUUCUUUUGUCUAUACAAGCGUUAUUAGCUUCUCCAGAACCAGACGACCCGCAAGAUGCAGUGGUCGCUAAUCAGUACAAAACAAGCAUAGAAGCUUUUAAUCGUACUGCGCGGCAUUGGGCAGCAAUUUACGCCAAUGGACCUGGAUGUGAUCCUCAGUGUGUUGAUUUGGUAGGCAAACUUGUCCAAAUGGGCUUCGAUGAGCACGAGGCUUGCCGAGCAUUGUCUAUGAAGAAUUGGGAUAUAGCUAUGGCAACAGAACACUUGAUCAAGUGAAUUGAUGAAUUACUUAGUAUAUAUACUGUAUAAGUAAAUGUUCUUUGAUAGUUUUAUGCCCAGACAAUGCAUGUGUGUACUUCGUAAUUUAAUCUUACUUUUUUUUUCUCAAUUUUACUCCCUUUAUUUUUCUGUUUGCACAUAAAUUUAAAAAUCUGAAUUGCAAAUAACACACUGAGAAGAUUGAUUUUUUUCUCCCCCAUAUGUAUAUGUAUUCUUUUUUUCAUCGACUUUUUGUCACCUCUAUUUUCUUCUUUGCCUCGUCUCACCGCUGAGUUUUCGAUAUCACUAAAAAAAUUUUAUUGUUGUGGCUGGUGCUAUUUAUGUUUUAUGGUAAUUUUAGUGAUGAAUACAAUCGGUUUGCUUUUAUCUUCUCUAUUUCUGAGCUAUGUACACUACCAUUAUUAUUAUUAUUAUUAUUAUUAUUAUUAUUAUUAUUAUUAUUAUUAUUAUUAUUAU